AUGCUUACUCUCUGGAGAUCUAAAUUCUUCGCUCUGUCUUUGGGUGAAAUAUAUUUUAAUUACAACAAUAAGUGUACUAAGAAGAUUUCAAAUGAUGAAUUGACAAAUAUUAAAUGGCAUCCACCGGAUAAGGAUUUUGUUGAGUUAAAUUUUGAUGGUUCUGUAGCCGGGGUCAAGGCAGUGGAUAGCUUUGCCAUCAGGGAACAUAAUGAAAUUCUUAUUGCUGGUGGGGCUUUAAAUCUUGACAUAGCCCUUAUUUUCGAAGUCGAAGCUAAAGGUCUAAGAGAGGGUCUAAUGUUUGCCCUUAGAAAAGGUGUGUUGAAGAUCAUGGUGGAAGGCGAUUCCAAGCUGGUCAUUCAGGUUGUGCAAGGAAUGUGCUCGAUGCUGUGGAAUCUGGAGCAUACCAUUGAAGAUAUUAAAUGGACACCGACCAAAUUUAGUAUUAUCUAUUGGAACCAUAUCUUUAGAGAGGCAAACUUUGUCACUGAUACCUUUGCUUGUCAGGGUCUUCUAAUAAUUGGUUGUCAUUUGUGGGAGCAUCAUGUUCCUCCUUUUGCUUUAGAUGCUCUUUGUUUUGAUUCUGGUAGGAACGAUUGUAUCAGAGGGAUUUCUAUGUAUGGUUCUUUUGGCUAA